AUGUCUAUGGACCAGUACACAGAUAGACAUCACCCGGACUACAUCCCAGGAACAUUCAAUAUUUAUGCAUCUUUCCCCGGAGAUAAAGCCGAAAGAUGGAGUAGGCUCAAGAAAGACAGCUGCGGCGUGCUUCUGACGCCGCAGCCGUCCGACUCGCCCAACGAUCCGCUAAACUGGUCGGUCUGGCGGAAGUACGUCCACUUUGGGCUGAUGUCAUUCAUAACAGCGUUCACUGCGGCGACCAGCAACAACGCGAGCGCAGCGCAGGACUCGCUAAACGAGCUAUAUGGCAUAACUUUUGCGGCCAUGAACACAGGCGCGGGAGUGCUCUUUCUCUGCAUCGGGUGGGGGACCCUGGUGUUUGCUCCUCUUUCAAGUCUAUAUGGGCGAAAAAUCACCUACAUGAUAUGCAUUGGCUUCGGGCUUCUGGGUGCAAUAUGGUUUGCGUCGACGUCUAAUACGAAUGAUGCGAUAUGGUCGCAGGCGCUUGUGGGCGUGAGUGAGGCCUGUGCAGAGGCACAAGUGCAGCUUUCGCUGUCCGACAUUUUCUUUCAGCACCAGCUGGGAUCAGUGCUUACAGUGUAUAUUCUGUGCACGUCGAUCGGGACAUUUCUGGGCCCACUGAUCGCAGGCUAUAUCUCAUCGCUAACCAACUUUCGCUGGGUCGGUUGGGUCGGAGCUAUUGUCUCUGGUGGGUUACUGUUGGCGUUCCUGUUCUUCUGUGAAGAGACCUACUUCGAUCGCAAGGCAUACAUCACCCCUCUCACAUGGACAGACAGCAGUAUCUUACGGAGGAACAGCAGUAGCUCGUCUAUGUUGACAGUGAAUGCCAAUAUUAAUGAGGAUAAAGCAUCUGGAGGAGGAAAAGAUAGUGACGAAGAGCAUUGCCGUUUGGAAAGGACCUCUUUGUUGGACGGUGCGGCGGAAGAUCCAAAGCCUUAUCACCGGCGGAUUGCGUUGAUCACAAAGGCAUCUAAUUUAAAAGGAUGGGGUUUCAAGCAGUAUCUGAAGUAUAUCGGCAUAAAUAUGCGGAUGUUCCUCUUCCCGCCUGUAUGGCUGUCUGGUCUCUUCUGGGGUAUACAGGAUGUUUUCCUCUCUUUCUAUCUAACCACAGAGGAAGAUUAUUAUCCAGAGCAACCCUGGAACUUCUCCAACUACCAGGUGGCUCUCAUGAAUGUCCCGACAUUAGUGGGGGCUGUUGUGGGCUGCAUGUACGCUGGUGUAAUCAGUGAUUACUUCGUCUUGUGGAUGGCUCGCCGGAAUGGAGGCAUCAUGGAAGCUGAGUACAGACUCUAUUUUUCCGCCCCAACAGCCUUCCUUGGAACUCUUGGUCUGUUGCUGUUUGGGAUCGGCACAGAACAGCAGCUAUCCCUUUCAGUUGUCUACGGAGGCCUCGUAUUGAUUGGUUUUUCGUGGGGUUGCUCGGGAGAUAUCGCCAUGUCUUUUCUCAUGGACUGUUACCCUGAGAUGGUACUGGAGGGUAUGGUUUGUACGUCAGUUAUCAACAAUACCCUAUCUUGCAUAUUCACCUUCUUCUGUUCCCCGUUUAUCGAAGCUGUUGGAACGCAAAACAGCUACAUCUUCCUCGCCGUAGUGAACUUCUCUGUCACUCUCCUUGCAUGGCCAAUGCUUGUCUAUGGUAAGAAGGUAAGAAAACUAACUACCAAGUGGUAUAAUCAGUCGAUUGACCUACGUGAUGGUGUGUAA